AAGCAAGCUUCGAAGCACUGCUUCUAUGGAAUAUGAAGUCCAGGGUUGAAGCUCCGUUCGAAGCUUCAGUGUCAAACUGCCAUCACUAUAAUCGGUACCAGUAAAAGAGGACGGGAGGUGACCAAACAUAAGACAGAGAGCAGGAAAUAGCACCCGAGGGCGGGGAAGGAGCCAUAGCUAGCUAUCAAACUAAAGUAGCUACCGUUAGCAAACCCGAAAGGAGUGUAAGCAACUGUGGAGUUAAAGUCGCUAAGAGAAGCAGAGUUGUGAGUGCUUAAGCUGUAGUAACGUGUGAUUACAACGCCAGGUAGCUGCCGUGAUCAAGAAUUUGUAAAACGAUCGAUUUAGUUUAAGAUAAUAUAAGCUAUCAGCAGCCGAGCAGACACACAGGAUAGCCCGGAAGUCACAACACGCUUACCGCAAUAGUGAGGGUCCAGUAGGAAAAGUUAUUUUCAAUCCGCCAAAAACCAGAAGAAGAAGAAGACGAGAGACCCAGCCGGAGAAGGAGCACUGAGAGCAGCAUGGACGAGAACAAAGAGACCCCUGGAGCUCAGAAACUGAAAGGAAGAAAGAGACGUCACAGCUGUCAGCAAUGUGACAAAUCUUUUUCAACAUCUGGAGAUUUAAAGAUCCACCUGCCUAUACACACAGGAGAAAAACUGUACAGGUGUGAAGAGUGUGGGAAAGCUUUCACUACAUCAGGUGCUCUCAAAUCACAUCAACGUAUUCACACGGGAGAAAAACCUUACAGGUGUGAAGAGUGUGGGACAACUUUCACUACAUCAGGUGCUCUCAAAUCACAUCACCUUAUUCAUACUGGAGAAAAACCAUACAGGUGUGAAGAGUGUGGGAAAACUUUCACUACAUCAGGUGCUCUCAAAUUACAUCACCGUAUUCACACUGGAGAAAAACCAUACAGGUGUGAAGAGUGUGGGAAAACUUUCACUACAUCAGCUCAUCUCAAAUCACAUCACCAUAUUCACACUGGAGAAAAACCGUACUGGUGUGAAGAGUGUGGGACAACUUUCUCUAGAUCAGAUGCUCUCAAAUCACAUCACCGUAUUCACACUGGAGAAAAACCUUACAGCUGUGAAGAGUGUGGGAAAAAUUUCACUACAUCAGGUGCUCUCAAAUUACAUCACCGUAUUCAUACUGGAGAAAAACCAUACAGGUGUGAAGAGUGUGGGACAACUUUCUCUAGAUCAGGUGCUCUAGAAUCACAUCACCGUAUUCACACUGGAGAAAAACCGUACUGGUGUGAAGAGUGUGGGAAAACUUUCACUAGAUCAGAUGCUCUCAAAUCACAUCUUCGUGUUCACACAGGAGAAAAACCGUACUGGUGUGAAGAGUGUGGGAAAAUGUUCACUAGAUCAGAUGCUCUCAAAUCACAUCUUCGUGUUCACACAGGAGAAAAACCAUAGUGGUUUUAAGAGUGUAGGGCCCUGAUUUAAGCUUAUUUUGUUUUUUCACAGUUUAUAAAAAGCAACUCCCAUCUAUUGGCCAUGUGUUUGGUGAUCCUUUUUUCCAUUACUGAUCCCAUCCCAACAGCGCCAUCUGUUGACUUAACAUCAGAAUUGACAGGCAUAAUGUUCACUGUUCCUUUAAGUUUCGUUUUCUGGCUGUCCGUCUGCUGACAGGGCGCUGAUUCAAACAGCUGACAUUAUUGCAGCAUUCAAUCCAAGCCAUUGUCCAAUACAGCUUAUGUAUCCAAUAUACAAUCCAGUUUUAGUGCUGCACAUACCCGGCCGCUUUCCCAGCCUUGGUUCUCGGCGUCUCCUUUCACUGUCUUGAUGAGCGAAGGUGGUGACCAUCUCCAGCUGAUUGUGGUGUGUUGUCCAGCUGAUCCGGGAUCACAGUGUCAGUUGUGAAGUAAUCCAAUUGUUUGUCCGGUGAAAACGAUCCUUAAUCCAAUGCAUUAUGUGUCUUAUAUUGUUCAGUUUCACUCAUAGAGUACGAUUCUACUUAAUGUAAUGGCAAUUUAAAUGUUCCUGUGUCCUAUAUCUUUAUGCCAUUACUUCAUAGGAGGGUUUAGUGUGAUCCUGACGCACACACAAACAUAUGAAGUUCUGGUCUUUUGCUGCAGUUUUAGAAUGAUGUUUUAUUGCUUUACAUACCAAGGUUAAAGUACACUGUGUCAAUAGUUGUAGUAUGAGCAUCUGCCGGGGCUGGCCGUCUGGUAGAAUCGGUAUGCUCUUCCUCCUGUGUCAGUAAAGUGGAACUUCUGUGUGAACUAUUCAUAUCUUAAACUGCACUCUAAUUUUAAAUUCAUGUA